UUCAAAAAAGAAUGUCUGAUUAGAGACACAAGAGAUCGAAAAUCAACUGCAAGUAGAAUUUAUUAUUUAGCUACAACAUACAGAGAAAAAUAAAUACAUGGAGUAUUAUUUUGAGAUUGAACUCUGAUUUUUGAAACGAGGUCGAGGUUUCGUUCAGAUUCGAUUGAAGGAGAAAUGGCAUCGGUUUUUCUGACAAUUCAACGAGGAAUUUCCACAACAGCUGUUGCCAGUGGAAAGAAGAAUUUUCGUAAAUUCAAUCUUUACAACAAGAGAGGUACCAGAGAGUUCAAGGAACGACAGAGAUAUAAUCCUGAUCCCGAUAUUCCCAUUCAUGACCGCGGAACGAGAAAAAUCGGUUACAAGGACGGAGACAAUUUUGUAUUGGUUCCUGAAAUGGUUCCAGAAUUGAUAGUGCCAAAUUUAGAAGGUUGUGAGCUAAAACCAUACGUCUCGUACCGUUCAACGCGUGUAGUUCAAUCAAAAUUUACACCUAGGGAUCUCUUCAAUGCGAUUUACGCUAAAAAAAUAAAUAUUGAUUUUAAAAACGGUAAACUAGACGAGAACGGCAAUUCCUUAGAGCCUAGUGAAUUUGAAUCGCUUACACCACAGCAGGCAUUAGAUCUUGCUCAAAAAACUGGCAGCGAUCUAUUUCAACAGGAAAAACCAGCGGAAUUAUUGGACAAAGUUCAAUAAGUGGUACAUCAAAAUUUAUAUUGAUUUCUCCCUUUGUUUAUUGUCGUAGAACGUGAUUAUGUAAAUAUCUCACAUGUAUACGUUUAAACAAUAAAUAUGCGACUAAAAUUA